CUCCUCACUUGGCCCACGCCCGCAUCACCGAGCCAACGCGCCUGCCGUCAACGCGCGCUUGCCCCAUUUUUGUCGCGCUAUUCGAGUCGUCGCAGUCACAAUGUCAUAGGUGCAGCUCCCAGUCCCUGCGGCCUUCCUCAACCGGCGUUCCCACGGCAGCGACGCACACGCCCUGUCGAACGCUCCCCAGCACCACGACAACGUCUACACGUCGUCACGUCGUCACGUCUGCACAUCUACACGUCCCCAACGGGUCGCUGGUCAGCUAGAAAAUAUCGUGCAUACGUGCGGGGCCUGAGCGCGAUUUCUGUCCCGUGCUAGAGCUGCAAUCGUAGCCGCAGCAUUGCCCCAAGCUCGGUUGGCUCACGACGUUGCUCACCGCAGCCCAACCCACGCGUUGUCGCUUCCUGUUCUCGAACACGCCCCAACACACGACGACCUUCCUGCCUUCACCAUGGCUUACCGCGCCCCCCACGGCGAGCCAAGCUCUCCGCUGAGCUCUUUACCUCCCUCCUCUCCUCGCGACGACGCUGCUUCCGACUCUGAACUCUCCGAGCCUCCCGAGUCGUCUCCUGAGCCCGAGCAAUCCUUCGCUAAACGGCGCCCAUACCCAUCGCCAGCCAAACGGCGCUCGUACCCGUCCCCAUCUUCGUCUCGACGCUCGUCUGCGAAGACGUCACCUGCGCCCGAGAACAUGCCUUCUCCGCCCCCAAGCAACGACGAAGACCCGCGUCCGUCCAAGAAGAGAAAACUCACAGACCCAAAAGAGCGCACCACCGAGUACCUUGAUCUUUCGGGCGACGUCGCCGACGAGGACAUGCCCCAGCUGGCGCGCUUGCUGAAGGUGCUGCACACGAAGCGUAAAAUUGUGGUCAUAGCGGGUGCGGGUAUCUCGGUGUCGGCAGGCAUUCCCGACUUCCGAUCAGCUACCGGCUUGUUCAACACCCUCAAGAAGGACCACAAGCUCAAGUCGUCUGGCAAGGACCUGUUCGACGCCUCUGUGUACCAGGACGACACGUCCACGUCGACUUUCCACGACAUGGUGCGGACCUUGUCCCAGCAAACAAAGUCUGCGCAGCCUACCGCCUUCCACCAACUGCUCGCUACCCUAGCUCAAGAGGGGCGUCUAAUGCGACUAUACACCCAGAACGUUGAUGGCAUAGACACAUCACUCCCUCCCCUGAAUACUCAAGCCCCUCUGCCCAAAAAGGCGCCUUGGCCUAAGACCAUUCAGGUGCAUGGAGGCCUCGACCAUAUGGUUUGCUCCAAAUGCAAUGUGCUGUCGCCCUUCGAAUCUGAGAUAUUCAGCGGGCCCACUCCGCCUUCUUGUCCAAAGUGCGAGGAGGAAGACAAUGUUCGCCUGGUUGCAGAGAAGCGCAGCCACGGGAUUGGACGACUCCGACCUCGCAUGGUGCUCUACAACGAACACAACCCCGACGACGAAGCUAUUGGGUCUUGCGCGACUACCGACAUUCGUUUACGACCCGACGCUGUGAUCGUGGCUGGCACCACGUUGAAGGUCCCUGGCGUGCGGAGGAUAGCUCGGGAAAUGUGCAAAACUGUGCGCGACAGACGAGACGGUGUUGCCGUCUGGAUCAACAACGAUCCAGAACCUUUGGGCAAGGACCUUGAAGAUGCUUGGGAUCUGGUCGUCAAGGGACCAUGCGAUGAAGUCGCGCGUCAUGCAAACAUGCGGAAGUGGGAUGAUCCAAUGGAUUAUAAGGAGGUUUCAGAGGAGGACAUGAAAAAGGCCAAGGAAAGACAAAGGGCAGAUGUUGUUAUUGGCACUCCCCGGAAGAUGGGCGUCCUUCGAAAUGCAGGCCAUUUGACGCCCGGUCAAAGCCCACGCGUUGGGGCUCGAAUGAUGCUCAAGCAAGAACCGACAACUCCAUCGAAGAAUAGGACAAAACGGAAAGCUGGCACACAAAUGGAUCUCUUUGGCAAACUUGACACCAAGUUGCCUGCAAAAGCACCCGGAAAGCGGCAACCCAAGAAAGCAACGGGCACUAAGGGGAAAGCGAAGAAAGAUGUCAAGAAGGACACUCCAGCUAUCAACAACGUCUUCAGGGCUUCGAAGAACACUACCAGGCCCGCCGCUAAACUGUUGGACAAAACCUCCAACCCUAUGCUCACGACCUUGCCGCUCCUACCUAUCCAGUCGAAAUCGGAAAAUGACAACGAUACCAUUCACGUUGAGAAGAGACCGACUCCGGCUACUCCCAAAAGAAGGACGCGACUGACAAAGCUCAAAGAUGGAAUCAUGGUGCCCUUGUCGGACGCUGAUCCUCGCAACAAUUGCUCACCAAGGGGCCCCACUCCCGAACCCUUCACGCCAAGAGGUUCGCCAGUCAAGACCCGCACGUCUGGUAUUACUACGCCCAGCAAACAACUACAGGAGGAAGCGGAAUUUGCAUUUGCCAGGUCUUCAACAAGUGACUCUCGUCCCUCUACCGCUCACUCAGAACGGGAUAUGAUCGUAAAGCCAGGUUCUGUCCCUCAUGGUAUGAACAACAUUCUGUGCUAGUAUUUUUCGGCAUUUCUCGGCGUUGGAAACUUGUCGUCCCUCGGGACAAUUCCGCAAUCGGUGGUUGUGAGACGGUUGCAUAUAAGGCGUUUUUUAUUGUCAUACCAGGCUGUAUGAGUAGUAAUUCUUUCUCGGGGCAUUUGUGUUUUCUACUUGUAGCUGCAGAAUACCCGGGCAACCCUCUAGAGAGCAGGAUAUGCAAUUGAGGUCCCUAGUCGCAUGCUAAAUAGGUAGUGCGUUGGGUAGCGUAGCGGUAACAGCAACUGAGGCUGCUAUCAUUGAUCAAUAAGAAUUGUUAUCUUAGAUUGGGUUGCUCUGCCUUUUUUGAAACCACGGUGAUG